AGCCAUCUCACGCCCGGUUUGUAUGCAUCCUCUACAGUUGCGACAAGAAACUGCGUCUUCGAUUCCAGUUUUGCAGUCUUACAUACCUCGAAUUUCAACGUCAAUCAUGGAGCUUGAUCGCGGCGGCGAUGGCGAUGGUGGUGCACGCUCCAAGCAGUCACCUGGGGACCGAGAAAUGCCGUCUGUGGAAGAAUCGGAGGAUCGCAUGGACGACGGCCGUUCAGCCCAAAAGGGCUGCGCAAGGUGUACUGCAGAUGGACUUGAAUGUACUAAGGAAGGCGAAGGUGAUUGUGUUCGGUGCAAGAAUCUUGGGCAAAUUUGCGCCUCAGAGCGAGUGCCACCGAACAAGUCUUCAAAGCCCAGGGUUUUGAAUCGCUAUAAAUGUGACUCUUGCAGACAGUCUAAGCAAGCGUGUACUCCUGCCGAGCGUGAAUGGAAUGAUACGCUUCAAGUAAAGUGCCAUCGGUGUUUGCAAAAAGGUCUUUCAUGUUCCAAGCCCAGUCCCAAGAGCCGCUUCUCGCCAUCCAGGACUUUGGAGACGCACACAACUAAAGCAGUAACGGGCCAAAAUCAACCCUUUCAAAUCAUUCUACCGCCUCCUCCUUUGGGAUCACCCUCUAUUAGCAGUGACUUACCUCCUGCCAAAAAGCGUGGCCGCCCUUCCAAAGCAGAUGUCGAACGCCGACAGGUAGAACUGGUUGCUAAAGGUGACAUCUUACCAGCUGUUGACUACCAGCCCCCGGCGGAGAACAUCAGUCGGCCAACGGACGCUGCUUCACAGAUCCAGAUUCCACCUGGCGCCUCGGUGAAGAGAACCAGGACUUUGACUGGAGGGGCGGAAGACGAUCGGCGAAUUCGGCCCUUCUCUCAGCUUGUUGAAAAAGGAAAGAGUUCGAGUACCACUGAAUUUCCAGAGCCAAAUAGCACGCGCAACAUAUCUCAUCCAGAAAACGCGACAUUACCAAUUCAACACCUUUCUCCCGCCAAUCCUGGAAGCCCUCUGCGAAAUUCGAAUCUACCUUUAGAAAUAGAGGCUACUUCCCCUCCCAAGACUCAGGCUGGACCCGAUUCCCAAAUAGUCAAGAAAUUGCGGGCUAGGGCAAAUUGGUUCCGAGUGGCAGAAAUCAUAAAGAAAGAUAAUCAGAUCAAGAACAUAGCGAAGUACCUGUCCGAAAUUGCUUGGGGAGCAAGUAGAGUCUUGUGCGGGAUCUGUGCCUCAAUGAACUUGACGGCCGACAAAUUUGUUGUAAACCAGGACCCAAUCCUCAAAGUUGCAGAUACCUCGCCAUUAAGCAAGGCCCGAUAUGUAGAGGGCUAUCAAAAUUUGGGACCGCAGUCUAUACGCGGAAAACUUAAACUUGGAAUGCUGACAGAGAUUCAGAAACGAAGCUAUAAAUGCCCAUUCUGUAAACUUGUCCUGUACGCGGCGCAGGAGCAAGCUGAAUUCGACUUGAGCGAUGGACGUUCACAUCCAAAUCUCGCUUGCUUUGCAAGUUGGCAGCUAGAUGGGCAUGAGAUCGAUAAUAAUAACAGCGAGACAAUGGCGCGAACAAGGCGUAUUCGUCUUCGUUGGUCAAAUACUGACAUUCAAGACUCUUAUAUUGUUCUGGUUGCUGGGCCGGAAGCCGGCUAUAAAAGGAAUUUGUUCCUAGGAAGAGAACUUAAGUUUGAGAGUGAUGGUUCUCCGAUUGACGUUCUACCUUUGGUGAAAGGCUGGAUAGAUGUGUGCCAUUCGCAUCAUAAUCACAAUUGUGGUAAUUAUGGUGAUGCUAGCGUCGAAGAUAUGCGACUGCGACCUUAUUUCGGCGUCGUGGAUGUCCAAGACAUGAAGCUCACGUCACUACCUCGGGAUUCAAUAUAUGUAGCGUUGAGCUACACGUGGGGAAAAGCAGCAGUAUUUGCUACUACGAAGGCUCAUAUAAAGAGCCUCCAAGAACCUAAUGGUGUUCUGAAAUACAUGGAUCACAUUCCGAGAGCGGUGAAAGAAGCAAUCGAGCUUGUUCGAUAUCUGGGUUUGAGAUAUAUCUGGGUCGACUCGCUUUGCAUUGUACAAGACAGCAGGGACUCGCUAUGGCUGAACUUGAAUAUGAUGGAUCAGAUAUACGGGAAUUCGCACUUUACGCUCUGUGCAGCUGAUAACCCGGAUGCAACUGCUGGUUUGGUAGCAUUGCAUCGCUCGAUGAGAAACGCCGAAGAGAAGAUUCAAGUUCCACAACGCCUGAAACAGCGAAUAGAGGAGUACGCUCCGGGUGUUCGAUUGAUGGUGUCCCAGCUCACAGAGAUUUAUGUGCAGAAAACGAGAUGGAGCACACGGGGAUGGACUUUUCAAGAGCGCGUUUUAUCCACACGCUGCUUGAUCUUCGCUCAAGGGCAGGUGUUCUUCCAAUGUCGUAGUACGGCCAUGUCAGAGGGCAUUUGGUCGGACUCCCCUGCUGCAGGCUGGUCGAUUGAACUUUCGAAAAGCCCCCAACAAAUGUUAUCUUCUCUAGACGAGCGCCCUCUACAAACAUACGCUAAAGUUGUCGAGAAAUACACAGCGUGCAAGCUAGAUUCGCUGCAUACAAACGACAUACUCGCAGCAUUCAGCGGAAUAUGUAACGUUCUUAGCAAGGGCAUGGACGCACACUUUGUAUAUGGAAUGCCGGACGUGUAUUUUGACUGGGCAUUGUUAUGGGAUCCACGCCAGCAUCCGGCAAGAAGGUUACCACAUAAAAAACACAGGAAGAGGGAUUCCAAAGCGGAAAAAAUGAAACAAGAAUCUUUGUCUCCGAGCUGGACAUGGAGUGGAUCUUCGUUUCCGAGCUGGUCCUGGAGUGGCUGGCUUGGAACUAUGCACUACCCACACACAGUUUGCCCAUUGUACCACUAUGAGAUGAAUGAGUGGUUUCUCCGCCGCACGUGGAUUAUCUGGUAUAUUCGAGACAGUCGAGGUCGAUUGCGGCUCGUUAGGAAGCCACCCUCCGCUUCGAAUACUGCCGAGACGAGUGUUGGGACUGGCUCACGCGAUAUGUAUGGUCGAGUCAAGCGAUAUCCUCAUAAAGACGGUACAGAAUUUCAGAAGACGCUUCCUGACUUUCCUUACACAAUUGAGAAAGCAGACUCUGAAGGCAAGCACGAUCCGUUGCAUUACGAUCUAAAGUUCCUUCAAUUCUGGACGUGGUCUGCGCAUUUCUACCUCUCACACGACGACAACAAUAAAGCAAAGCUAGGCCAUGGCCUCUGCCGUUUUGAUAUUCUAGACAAUAAAGGCGACUGGUGCGGCUCCAUAGUGCUGAGAUAUGAUUGGAAUGCCAGGAUCAAGAAGGAACCAGCUCACAAGUUUAUCGCCAUCUCCGAUGCCAUGAACUUCUCGCCUGAUGAGUAUGGCACGUGGAACUUCUAUCUCCCGAAGGAAAGAGAGCUUUCUGCUUGGGAUUUGUUCUACGUUUACCUCAUUGUCGAGGAUGACGAGGGGAUUGCUCAGCGGGCGGGACUGGGAAAGGUGUUUAAGGAGGCAUUCUCGCACUCUUGUGGCGGCGAGAAAGAGUGGAGUGAAUUCAUCCUUGGGUAAGUAGCUCGGAGGCAGGUCUGCCAACCGUUCGGCGGUUCUCACUCUGGGGAGGAAUCGGAGAAUGAGACGAAUUGGCUGUCUUUGAGUUCUGGGCAUAUAACCCUGGGCAAGCCUGUAUUCGAUUUUUCAGCUCCGCAAAUUCUAGGUCCCUUAAUAUCAACAGCACUGGGUUGACAGUAAUUGGAGCUGACAAUACUUGAGACUGUGUAUGCUGGUGAUUGACUUUUCUGCUUUCCCCGGCCAAGACUCUAAGUUUUCCACGUCUUAUUCCAUUAGAGGUAACGCGACAUGGUGGUGGAUCUGAGACAUCGAACAGCGCAAAAUCAGGCUAAUCCAGCCUUCGUUCAUUGUGCAUAGUAACCGUAGGGUGUUACCGCCGGAUUGAGUUGGAAGUUUCAGUUACUAUAAGACAUGUUCUUC